AUGUUAUUAGAAAGAUAAAGCAUAUUCCUAAAUAACCUAGAUCUCCAUUUGAUAAUGAGUGGCGUCUGAAUUCUGAAAUACUUAGAAAAUCCUGCUGGCGUUAGUGUAAUAUUUAAGGUAAGGGAUGCCAAACUGUUAGAUGUUCUUUUGAUAGCGCUGCUUUGAAAUAAGUAAAUCCCAGUUGCAUAUUCAGCUUGCAUAUUAACACGCAACAAGUCAGAGAAUGCAAUCUUAAGGAACACUGAGGCAUGAUGAGACUCUUCUAUGCUCUUACAGUUCCAAUAGCGUCACUUCCAGUAUUAACUGUUUGCUAAAAGAACAACACAUUGAUUCCAGUACAAGUAUCAGCUUUUUACAGGUUUAAGUCUAAUUUUAUUAAGUAGCUGUAAGACCACAUUGCAAAGUAAAUGGAUACUAGAGAGCAUCAUUGUACAUAGGACAAACAGUGUACUAAAUACUUUAUUUCAUGGCACCACUCUUUCUAAAGUGGUGGGUUGGUUAUUCAGUAAAGCUAGUCUAGCUGAACACUGGUUAUGCUUAGAGGGAGAAAAACAGUACAGAUAGCAAAAGGGUGUUCAGCUAACUUGAGGGUUACUUUGCUGUGAAUCAAAAGAGACACUGCUAGAUGCAGAACAGUCAGUGGCUUCAGACUGCAUUAAGCACUUUGGCUUUACUAGGCUGGCAGUAGCACAGAGCUGUGGAAACCUAUUUUGACUGUAAUUUAACUACUGUUAAAGUAAUUCACAUAAAUAAUGCCUAUGACCAGACAGCUAAAGAGCCUGGACCAUACUUGCUGGCAGUACUUAAGCUCACAUUCACUAAAGAAAAGAAGCUUAGUGUUAUUAUCAGACAGAAGUACACAGUUUUAAUGGGAAAUAGCUGAAAGAUGAGAAGCCAAGUUUGUGCUUGAAGAUCAGCUGUGUUUUCUAGUUGUAGAGAGGCCCAAAGCUGUUUUAGUGGGUGUUUCAAGACAGUAGAACUGAUACCAUUCAUGACAGAGGGGAAGCUGCCUGAGCGUGUUCUGCAAUAUGCCCCAGAAAACAAAAAAAAAAAGUAUUUAAUCAAAUCCCUUAGAAGGAGAUAUACUGCCUGGUUAUCCCUUGAAACUAUUUGCUAUCCACAGUUUCCAGCUGCUCCUCCUUUUAGUAAUAAUAGCAUUUCUUAAAAUCAUAUCAGUUAUAUAACAGUAAGGAAGAAAGUAUGUGCUGACCUGGUUAAAUGAUGCCCCAGAGGAGCAGCUUCUUUCAAUUCUGUAUGAUAUUUUCUUCAAAUUCCUUCCAAUUGACAUGUCUUAGUUUUACAUAAGCCACCUGCCAAAUCCCGGCUGUAUAUAGUAUCACAAUGCGCUUGUGCUGGGCGCUAAGUCUUACACCUCCUAGUUGGAUGCUCAGUAAGGUUAAAGGGCUGUCUUUUAUUGUCUUUGCUGUUCUAUUCUGGGCCUUCGGUUUCUGACUAAACGGCCGGUCAGUGUGGCUUUUCAGUUGGCUGAGUUUUAGUUAUCAGCCCUUAAUAGGAUCAGGCUUAGGUAGGAGCUGAGGAAAACGUUAACCCACACAAGCAGCCGCACUCAGCACGCCGCCACACGGCAGUACGACAGUACGACAGCCGCCCUUGACGGCCGUACCGUAAAGCGCCUCGCUGCCGGCAUGGGGAAGCGGCGUGGCGGCAGGGAGCUGGUGCGGGGCCUGAGCAAGAGGCAGAGGAAGCACCUGCGGCAGUUCGGGGAGCAGCACCCCGUGUGCGACCGGGUUUCUGGAAGACCAGAAGCAACUCAAAUAUGUGAACUGUCUGACAAUUCUGAUAAAUCAAGUGCGGAAAGCGAUUCAGAGACUGAGGUGGAACAAGUCUCUGUCUAUCACAAGCUUCUGGCUACCCUGAAGGCAUCUCCUGAGUCUGAGAGUGAGGAGGAGGAAGAUGAAAGUGAAUCAGAAGAAGCUGAGGAGAGUGAGGCAGAGCUGGACAGUGAAGGGUCCCAGGAGCCCAAAGAAGCUGUUGGAGAUGAAGAAGAGCAGGAUAAUGUACCAGAGCAGGAAGAAGAAGUUGCAGCUAAAGACCCACCAGAACAGGCGCUUGGCCAGGAGCAGGCUAAUGGGGCGGAAACUUCCUGUGACCCGAAUCAUGGAGCAGCUGAGGAGUUUACCGAUGUGAAACAUGAAGCUGAAUUUAGCUUGGAAACCAAUUUCAUGGAAGAGGAGAGUGGAGACGGUGAUGCAGACAAGACAGAGAGCAAUUCUUCACAAGCCCUUUCAGAAGAUCCCUUUAAACAGCACAUGGACAAAGAACUCGAAGAAAAAGAAGUAGAAAAAAUAUCUAUGCUAUCGAAGACUUCAAGUCAAAGCAAGUGGCCAAGGCUGGGUCAGCUCACUUUCUCAUCCUCUUUGGAGAAACAGACAACUUUAAAACCAGUCAAAGAAUUCAAUGUGAAACAGCUUUAUCUUCACAAGACUUUAGAGUCCACUUGGCCGAAAGUGAAUAAACAUUUCUUGACCUCAGGAAACAAACCAGGUGAUUCCUCUUUCACCCCAUUACAAAGAGAGCUCUUCUGUAUCAUGAAUACCUACAGGGACUUGUUCUAUCCGGAGAGAGAUGCUUUAACAAAUGGAGAAGAAAUCCGUCAUGUUUACUGCUUACAUGCCUUGAACCACAUUCUGAAGGCUAAUGCCCAGGUGCUCAGCAACAAUGCCAAAAAACGUGACCAAAAGCCAGGGACCGACAGUGACGACUACAGGGAUCAGGGGCUCACCAGACCUAAGGUGCUGAUAAUAGUGCCCUUCCGGGAAUGUGCUUUGCGAAUUGUGCAUAUUUUCAUCAGUCUUCUUGAAGUGAACGAGAAAAGAAAAAUAGAUGUAAGUAAUAAGAAGCGCUUCAAAGGGGAGUUUGGUUCUGACCCAGACGAGAAGCCCCCCAACCUGAAAAGACCUGAAGAUUAUGAAGCCGUCUUCGCUGGCAACAUUGAUGACCACUUCAGAAUUGGGGUUGCUAUUCUACAAAAGAGCAUGAGAUUAUAUGCGCCGUUUUAUUCAUCAGACAUCAUUAUUGCCUCUCCCCUGGGUAUGAGGACUGUCAUUGGCGCAGAGGGAGAGAAGAAGAGAGACUUCGAUUUUCUGUCAUCCAUAGAGAUGCUCAUAAUUGAUCAGGCAGACAUUUACCUAAUGCAGAACUGGGAACAUGUUCUGCACCUGAUGAAGCACAUUAACCUGCUGCCUUUGGAUUCCCAUGGGGUAGACUUUUCCCGAGUGCGAAUGCCAAACCUCAAUAACUGGUCCAAGUACUACCGCCAGACGCUGCUGUUCAGUGCUCUUCAAGAUCCCCAGAUUAAUGCUAUCUUCAACAAACACUGCUUCAAUUACAUGGGGCAGGUGGCUGUCCGCAAUGUGCCGCUGAGCGGCUCCAUUAGCCAUGUUGUGGUCCAGCUCCCCCACGUUUUCCGGAGGAUAGAAGCUGAAAAUUUAACUUCUGUAAUAGAUACAAGGUUUCAGUUUUUCGUCGACAAAGUUUUGCCCGAGUACCGUGAUGCCAUCAUGUCACACACGCUCAUUUAUGUUCCAUCAUAUUUUGACUACGUGCGACUUCGAAAUUACUUCAAGAAAGAGGAGCUGAAUUUUACUCACAUUUGUGAAUACACUAAAAAGGCCAGUAUCUGCAGAGCAAGGCGGGCCUUCCUCAAGGGAGAGAAGCAGUUCUUAGUGCUCACUGAACGCUUCCACUUCUACAAAAGGUACACCAUAAAAGGCAUUAGGAACCUCAUUUUCUACGAGUUACCAACCUACCCCCACUUCUACAGUGAGAUUUGUAACAUGAUGAAGGCCACUGACAGUGGAGUGGAUGCUACUUGGACCUGCACUGUGCUCUACACCAAGUACGAUGCUCAGAAAUUGGCUGCAGUGGUUGGCAUAGAUCGCACCGCUCAAAUGCUACAGUCCAAGAAAAAUGUGCACCUCUUUGUUACAGGAGAAAAUGAAUAAGAUGGACCUGGAUUUUACUCCUGAUGUAUCUUUUGAUGUUCAAAAGAACUUCAAAAGAGCGUUUUAAACUUUUUAGUAACUUUUGCUAAGUAUUCUGUUUAUACAUAAUUUUUUGUAUUCAAGUUUCUGUCCAACAGGAAACAUAGGCUGUCAUUCAAGAAAACAUGGAUUGCAUGGUUUCUUCUGUAUAUAAAGAAAAUCAAUUCGGAGUUGUUGUUAUAUAUUGAAAAACUCACUGGUUAGUAAAGAUUGGUAAUUUGAUAAACA